AUGAGGAGAUGCGAUGUAGAAAACGCGCACACAGCACAGUGUGAUGCAGCGUGCAGUGAUGCUCGAGAUGUCAUUCGGUGUGCGGUGAGUGGGUACUGUGGACAGGCGAGCGAGAGGGCGAAAGAGAGGGACAGAGACAGGGAGAGAUUUGGAGGUAUUUUUCUUCUGCGAUCGGGUAUCGGGUGUAGCGAGAAAAAUCCUUCUGAACUUUCGUGCCAGCCGCGAUGGAUCGCGAGUUGGUUGAGAAGUUUAUCGAGGUGACGGGCGAGAGCGAGGCGACGGCUCAGCAAUACCUGGCGCUGGCCGAUGGAAACGUAGAGAUGGCGAUCAGUCUGAUGUUCGAGGGUGGCAGACCGCCGGAGACCGAGAACGCGAAUCCCGAGCCGCCUGUGAGAGCUCCUAUAUUACCUACGCGUGAGAUCCUGGUGCCCUCGGAACCAGUGUGUUCAUUGCCACAAUUGUCGAAUAACGUAUUUGAUAGAUUCAGAGAUUUUCAGGUGGAAACGCAGCGACAAGAGGAAGAACUGACUCGUCGGGUAACUGGCACAAAGCAAAUGACCCAGAAGAAAUCAAAACGACUGGAAGAUUUGUUUCGACCGCCGUGUGAUAUUCUCUUCUUAGGUUCCUUCAUGGAAGCGCGGGACCAUGCAAAGACCUUAAACCGUUGGCUACUUGUCAACGUUCAGAAUCCCCAGGAAUUUAGUUGUCAGGUUCUCAACAGAGAUGUGUGGCCCAAUGAGAAUAUUCAAGAAAUUGUGAAGGAUCACUUUAUUUUGUGGCAAGUCUUGUCUAACACUACGGAUGGAAAACGUUAUAUAGACUUUUACAACGUGGUGACAUAUCCUUAUUUGGCAAUUGUAGAUCCUAGAACAGGAGAAUGUAUGAAAACGUACAAUAACAUUACUGUGGACAGCCUGAUAUCUGAUUUAAAUGAUGUGUUAAGCACGCAUCCAUCUCCAGAAAGUGCUACGCAAGUUACAUCUGACUCUAAGGAUUGGAAUAAUUUUCCUACAACGCCUCCAAAACGAAAUACUUUAGCUGAUCAAAUGAAAAAUGAUUGUGGACCUAGUAGCAAAACUUCUAGACUUUUAUCAGAAAAAGUCACAGAUUCUGGAAAUGAGAAUGUUGCGUCUGAUAACAUUAGUUCAAGUUCAAGUGUUCCAAGUUUAAAUAUUCCAAGUAGCAGCAACACUGCUUUUAAUAAAAAGAGAAAAUUGAAUGAGCAGAACGCGACUAAGCAGCAAAAGGACGAGAAAUUAAAAUCAGAUGCAUCUAAAUCUGAAACGGGCGAUGAACCUUUUCUACGGCUCUGCCUACGACUGCCUAAUGGUGCAAAGGAAACAAUAUCAAUGUGUGCGACCGACACCAUAGAGGAUUUUUUGAUUAAAAUGGAGGAAAUGGGUUUUUCAUCAACGGAGCAUACCUUUCUGGUGCCAUUCCCGAAAACAAAUGUUGGUGCACUGUCGGCAAAUACUCGCCUACUAGACACAAUCUUGUUUCCAACAAACACAGUAUUUAUAACAAAGAUAUAGUAACAUCCUAUAAAUGAACCAUAAUUGCUUCCAUUAUAAUUUUUCGAUUUAGACUGUAAUGAUAAUUGUUUGAAAUUUUGUCACUGUUAUUUUUUAUUUCCGUUUUCUCAAACUACGAGAUCUUGUAAAGAUAUUAACAUUUUUAAGUCGGUCUCAUUAACUUUAACAGAGUUGGGUCUUCCUUAUUUUAAUGAACCAACUAAUCGCGUCUUAUGUUUAAUUAAGCAUGCUUCAAUCGAAAAGAUACAAGUCUUUCAUAUAAGACAAAUGAUAAAAGCACUGCCAUUCAGUGUUCAUGUCAUACAAAAAUGCAUUCAUUAAUCUUUCUAUAUCUUAGACUAGACUUUAAGAUUAUCGUGACUUAUGAGAGAAAUAGUUACAACAAUAUUGUACGUAGUUACUGCCGCAGUAUUGUCAUGUAAUUUUAUUUUUUUAGUUUUAUUAUUACCGCAAAUCUCAAGUGCCGUCCAAUGCAGUCAUUAUGAUAAAUUUUCUUUGAAAUAUUUCAAAGUGGCACACAUACAAAAAUUGUUAUAUCUUGGCAGUGAUUUCAUAGCAUUAUUACGUGAUACGAUAAAAGCGUUUUGAAGCAUUCUGUAUGAAACUUUUGUCAAUGUGAUUCAAAAUACAAGAUAAGCAAGACUCCAUAUUACAAUAUAUUGUAAUGAAAAGUAAGAUAAUGAAAAUAAUUUUCAUUCUCUUACUUUUUCACAUAUAUAUCAUAUUAUAUAUCGUUAAUACUACAGAAUAUCAAUGUAUGAUCCUUUUAACAAGAUAAUGAGUUCAUUUCAAACUGCCGAUAUAUAAUUAAGAUAGAUAUAGCUCAAGAUAGUUUACAAAUAUGGAUUAUAAUUAAUGUCAAUAGAAUAAACUGAUAAUCAUCGACUACAAAUACACAUGUAUGUUAAACAUUUCAUGUAUUUUUACUUAUUUCUCAGUGUAUAGUAUCAUAAUUCUGUAAUAUACACAAUAGUAAAAAUUUCUCCUAUUAAAAUGUGUACUAUUG